GUCUUCAGCAGCAUGCAGCGGCUUGUGCAUGCCUUCAUAAACCUGCACUGUGCAGGCAACAUGCUCUUCAGGACUUGGACUGCUGAGAUCUACUGUUGCCCCAGGCAGGGCAUCUCCAUCCUCAUGGACUUUGGCUUGGAGCUGGUGAACCAGUUGAAAGAGAGUGGUGAUAUCAUCGAGCUCCUGGGAGCCCUCUGCAGGCAGAUGGAGGACUUCCUAGACCACUGGAAAGCGGUAGUCACUCAGAAGAGAGCCAAACACUUUUACCUCAACUUCUACACAGCUGAGCAGCUGGUCUAUCUGAGCAGUGAGCUCGGGAAACCCAGACCCAGCGAAGCUGCCCUCAUGAUGCUGUCCUUCAUCAAAAACAACUGCACUGUACGUGACAUCUCAGAAGUCACCGGGUCCUGUGAAAGCAAUGGUGCCAGACACCGCCGGAGGGAGGCUGUGGAAAAUCUGCCUCGGCAGCUACUUUCUGAGUCCAGCUUAAUGGGCAAACUUCGGGUUAUCAUGGAACAAUCCAUAGUGUGCAUGAGUGCCUUCCUGCCCGACUGCCUGGACCUGGAUGCCCUGGGCAGCUACCUGGCUCAGCUGGCCACACUGGCGGACUGUCCUGUGAAGCGACCACUCCCCAAAGGCCUGCAGGUUGGCCAGCCUAACCUGGUGUUGUGUGGUCACUCUGAGGUGUUGCUGGCCGCACUGGCCAUCUAUAUGCAGGCCCCCAGGCAGCCUCUGCCAACCUUCGAUGAGGUGUUGCUCUGCACCCCGGGGACCACAGUGGAGGAGGUGGAACUGCUCCUGAGACGCUGCCUCACACUGGGCUCCCAGGAAGACAAGGUCUACAGCUUGCUGUUCGCAGACCAGCUGAGUUAUGAAGUGGGCUGCCGGGCAGAGGAGCUUUUCCGGGACCUGUGCACACAGUGCCACCGUGAAGACUACCAGUUGGUGAUAGUCUGUGAUGCUGCCCGGGAGCACUGCUACCUCCCCUCCACCUUCAGCCAGCACAAAGUCCCCCUGGUUCCCCAGGCCCCACUGCCGGACAUCCAGGCCUACCUGGAGAACCAUUAUCAGGUCCCAGAGCAGACCCCGUCAGCGGCGACUGUAUUCAGAGACAGGAUGUGUGUUGGGAUCGUGACCUCUGAAAGAGCUGGUGUUGGAAAGUCACUCUAUGUGAACAGAUUGCACGAAAACCUGAAAAUGAAGCUCGCGGAUGAAAAGGUGCCUUUAAAAAUUAUUAGACUGACAGACCCUCACGUAGAUGAGAACCGAGUCCUGAGCUCCCUCCUGCCGUUCUUGAAGAGGAACUAUCAGAAGACGCCUAUGAUAUUCCACAUUGAUGUGAGCUCUUCAGUACAGACUGGGAUUCCUGUCUUUCUUUUCAAACUCCUCAUUCUGCAGUACCUAAUGGAUGUAAACGGGGAAAUGUGGCUUCGGAACCCGCGCCAUUUAUAUGUUGUUGAAAUCUCACAAGAGCCCUCAGUACAGCCAAAGAGGCCUUCUAAACUGGUGCGUAUGGAGACAGACGACAGAAGGACUUGUGGAGCACACCUUGUCCUGGUUUGUUUCUGUCGUCCUGGUAGAAACCUGUUAUCUGAGAAGGGGAACCACAAUGGAGAAGUUCCCUCAGGAGAUGGCCCGUAA